CCAGUCUAAGUCGAUGCCGACAAAUAGUACCAGAAUCUUGAGGCAACGGCGGGGUUAGCGCGGGACGCCAACUUUAACGCAAAGUGAAUACCGUUGCAAUCAGCAUUUGAUUUGCGACGCGGUUUCUAUACCGUCUUGUAUUUCGUAAAAGAGAAAUGUUAGUAAUGCGUUCAACAUUGCGCCCUAUUCUUCGACCUGCUUCACUACUCACAGCGACUGCAUGUGGUGUCGCAAUCACAUCUACCCUACUACCUAUUCGAAAAGAACGGAGUAUGUCUUGGUCACAACCCCUACAGCAACACAAGUCCUGGCCAUCGACGGCUUAUGAACCGCGUUAUGCUUCAUGGCCGUACCUAGAAUCAGACUUCGCUCGCCAAGAUCCUAGUUCCGAUGCAGACUUCUACUCCUCGCCUCGCUUUGUAACACACAUAGACGAUGCCGCAAUCUCUACACUACGCGAGUAUUAUGCCACUGCGUUGCCACGCAAAGGUACAAUAUUGGAUAUCUGUACUUCUUGGAUAAGUCACUAUCCCAAGGACGUAGAGGCAGCUGUCUCGAGGGGUGAUAUCAAAGUGAUCGGGAUGGGUAUGAACCGCGCAGAGCUGGAUGCAAACAAAGUUCUGAACCAUGGACGAGUUCUGGCGGACCUGAAUCAGAAGCCAGAUUUGGUGUUAGCCCUCAAAGAUGCUGGAGUCGAGACACCAACAGCAGAGAAGGAGCAGCUAGACGCGAGUACCAUGGUUGUGUCGAUCGAUUACUUGACUAAACCUGUCGAAGUGCUCAAGAGCCUGAGGGAAGUGACUCGGGAUGGAGGAAGAGUGCACUUGGUUGUGAGUAACAGAUGUUUUCCUACGAAAGUCAUUGCGAGGUGGUCAAAGGUUGAUGAGGAGGAGAGACUGCUGAUGGUUGGUGACUUCUUGCACUUUGCGGGCUGGAAGGGGAUAGAGAUUUUGGAAUUGAGUAACGGAAAGGUUGAUAAUUCGCCUGAAGAAGGACAGGGAGGGGGGCUUCAUGGGUUAAUAAACUUCCUUGGAUUAAAUUCAAGGGAUCCUUUGUGGGUUGUGAGAGGGGUAAAAUAAUGAUCUAAAUAAGCGAUUUAUUAUUGCUAUACCACUAAUUCAGAAGGGAAAACAUAUACACCGCUCUAUCACGCUCUUUUGCGACGCGUUGUACCCCAGAAGAUUUUGAUUACUGCA